GCCGCAUGGUGUUUUGCGAUAUUUUAGAAUUAUUUUUUAAUUGCCGCGUCUUUCGUUGCGUUCGUGUUUCUUUGUUUCUUGUGUUAAAAAUCCACUGAGUGUGGAAUGAAAUAAUAAUAAUGAAAUAAUAGAACAGGAAUAUAAUUUUCGUGUGUGACGUAUAUAAAUAAAUAUAUGAAUAUAGUAUAAAGUGCGUGAGUGUAUUUAUGUGAAUAUAUCGAUGGCACCUUGAUCCACAAUAUAACCACAGCCAAAAUGUGUGUAUGCCACGACCGCGAAACAAGUGCUUAGGGAGUCAUGAGCACGCCCACGCCCACUCCAGGGGCGGUUCAGGGCCAACAAGUUCCACUGCCCCAUGAACUGACCGCCGAGUGGACCGUGCGAGCACAUCUUACUUUUGCCCGAGCUGGUGAGACAGUGCAAAAGGAGUACAGUGCUCCGGAGACUGUACACCCGAUGCAAGUAAUCUACAAAUGGUGUACGCCCUGCGAGGACCCUGAAACGGAACAAGAUGUGGAGAAGACAGCGGCUGCUGCGGGAACUAGCUUCCGUUCCACAAACUCCUCGGCCACCACCAAUGCGGAUUCGGCAUUUGGCAGUCCACAGGCUUCCAGGGCUCUUAGCAAACCACCUGCGCCCACUGAUUCGGCUCCUCCUCUUGGGGCCACUGCCCAAGUGUGUGGAACACGCUGCCGGAGCACGUGCAACAUUAUGGUGUCCGCUGUGGCUGAUUUCUUACCUCAAGAGUCGGGAUCCGGGUCAGUGAAUGAGCCCUUUGUUUACCACAGCAAAGUGCGAGCGCAGCAGCUAAAGGAUGCCUUUUCCCAAACAAGCGACACGGAGGAGCAGCCAGCAAAGAGACGUCCAGCUUAUGAGCAGCGAAGGGCUACCACCGAAGCACUGAUGAAUUUUGCCAGCAAGCGACAAGCGGAGGAGGCUAACACCUAUGUGCCAACCUAUUCGCCCACGCCCACGACACCAUCGUCUACAUUUAAAUCGGCCUCGAUGUCGAGAAUUCCACCGCUAGCUGGCAGCACAAGCCAAGGAAGUGCUCCUAAAAUACCCAAUUUGGGCGAGAAGAAACCCCGCACUGUUCACAUCGAUGUCUACUGCACCGGUUCAGAGGGAGAUGAGGAGGAGGAAGCUGAUGACGAGAGGCACGCCGACGAAGAGCCCUCUAGCUCCUCCGAUUCCGAGCUAGCGGGUAGCAAGCGAUACGAGCUGGACUCUAAUUCCACCCCUCAAACCGUGCUGGACAAUGAGCAGAUGCUGCUGCGCCAUCAAAGAAUCUCUGGCGGAGCUAUGCCCAGGCGUUUGGCUCAAAAUCAGUCAAAAAAUAAAGGGGGAAACCAGCAACAGGGCAAUCUAAAUUUGGGUCAUGCCAUUACAAAGUGCAGCACAGCCGAGGAAGUGUGCGAAUCCAAGCAGUUGCUUUUUCGCAAACACAUUGGUGAUCAGCGAGCGGCCAAGUUGGCCAAUCUACGCCAGAAAUAUAUGCGCCAGCCCAGCGAUGAGACGAUUAGCAGCACAUACCCUAACUCCUCGAGGUCUACGAUGCCAAGGGAUGCCACCUGCAGCAGCAUUUCCAGUGCCGUGGGAGGAACGGAUUGUGUGGAUUCAUCCUGGAAGGAUACAGACGAUUUAGAUACACCAAUUGCAUCUUUUGGUUUGACCAAAUCCGACAGCUUUGACUAUGAGAACUCGCUUGAUCGCCUGCGUAUAAGCCAGAUGGAGCGCCUUUGGUCCCGUCAGCACUCUUUGGACCAGAAUCACGCACAAGCCCACCUGGGAGCACCAUCCCCUCAUGCUCUGCAAACAAUCACGGAGGUGCAGUCCCAACGAAGUUCCUUCCAGCGAAGCGAUACCAUACUCUCGGAAUCGGAUGGCUUCUCGGAUGCCAAUGGAUUCAAUACCUAUCCAGGAAGGCAAUCGCAAUUGCAGCAGAUCUCGCAUUUUCCUCGUAAUCGUCCUGGUUUUCUGCAGUUCUUUGGACCCUCCAGUGGGCUCGGGUUUGGGGCACAACCCACUCCGCCAGCCACAGCACCUGUUCAACCCGCUGCAUCCGCUACCACGGAUCCGUUUCGCCUUCUUCACCCGAGUUUUCGAUGGAAGAGCGAAGCCCGCGAUAACCUGAGCGUACAGGUUGCUUCCGGAUCGCCCUCUUCCGAGCGUAGUUCCCCACAACUUCUGUCAGCUGCGACCACAGUGGUGCGCUGCGGCAGUGAGGCGCCACCAAGCACCACCUCCGCUAGUACUUUUGGGACCACAGUGACGCCUUCGCCACUUGCAGUGCGGCGUUUUGAAAUCUCACGCGACAGUCCAAGUCUCACAAGUGAAGCAUCCACUACCGUUUCCGGGUACACCCACGAGCAUUUGGAGAAAGCGCGUCGCUUCGGCAAUGUCGUGGCCAUGAGAAAACCUGGCCAUCAUGUAGGACCCACCAAGAAUCCGAAUUGUCAAUGCGAAAGCUGUCAACGUUGGCUGGCUGAGAGGUUUCAGCUUCGCGGAAGAGCCUUCUCUCUAGGCGAGAAGCCCUUAUUAAGACGUCCACAGCAAUAAAAAAAAAAUUACUGAUCAGUUUAUACUUUUCUUUGUCUUAGGCUUGCAUUUAACACAUUGCUUUUCAGAUUGAUAUGCUCCCUAUUAACCCAAUACCUAAAUCCGAACCUACAUGAAUCCAAUUUUAUUUCCGAUUAGUUGUAAGCCAUGUAAGCGAAUGUUCCU